AUGUCUAUAAAGAAGGAUAUGCGAAGACCAGAGCUCGGUACAUCCCUCUUGAGCUUUUGUAACUGGUAUGGAUCGUUCCUGACGAAUCUUGUUACAGUUAUCCCAUACAAAGAUACCGCAAAAGACAAGACAGAAGGCGGCGACGUCGCGUCUACAAUGUCGACCACUCUACCAAUGGUUGCAAUGUUCACUAGAAACAAGCAUGAUGAUUGCCUGGGCAUCAACCUUGCUGCUCGUGCACAAGUCUCGUUGCUAGAGCUGCCUACUCGACCAUAUCUCCUUGCAAACAUCUCCGCAGAGACAACGGGUUUUAUGUCCAUCGAAAAUCUCAAAACCUUCGACCCCUUCGCCGAAGCCGACGAAGACACAGGCGAAACCAAGCAGAGCCAGAAUUAUAUCCAUAUCCGAAUUCAGCAACGUAAUGGUCGUAAGACCUUAACGACCGUGCAGGGCCUGCCAAAGAAGUUCGACCAGAAAAAGAUUCUCAAGGUGAUCAAGAAGAAGUUCGCUUGCAAUGGAACCAUUGUUAACGACACCGAAAUGGGGGAAGUGAUUCAGCUUCAAGGCGAUCAACGCAAGGAUGUCCAGGAAUUCCUGGUCGAUAAAAAGGAUGGACUAGAGCUUGACGCCAAAACCAUUAAGAGGGAGGCUCGACAGGACCCUAAUGCCAUUCCAGAGGAGAAGUUCCCUCACGAUAUGGGGCUCUUCCAAGGUAAAAUCUUGGCCAACUCCAAAGCUGUACCAAACGUCUCAUCAAACCUUGCAGGCACACUGAUAAUGCCUACUGGCUCGCGAAAACCCUCGCUGUUCUUUUCGCCUUCCAAACGAGCAAAGCUUGAAUGGGGCGAUGUGGCAGCCAUUGAAGAGAUGUGCUGCGAGGGCCUCAAGGGCCAGCUGGAGAAACAAUUUGUUGCCCGCUCACGCAAGGAGAGAGUUCAAUGGGACGUGAAAUAUGUUGGACUCUCUCAGGUUCGCGUCGUAAGCAACCGAGGUAGUAUGCUACCUCGCAAGAACUCGGCGCUACGCCAAGCAGUGGUGAGGAUUCGCUCUCAGCAAAAUUUGCUACGAUCGAGAGUCGCUGAAAAUGACGGAUCGCAAGUCCUCAAUAAUCGCGAAGGUGGGAGGACAAUGCAAGAGUACUUCGUCUUGCAACGGAGAAUCUUCGAUGGUGUGGAAGGACCUUGGAAGGUCUGGGGUACUACAAAAGAAACCGACAUUAAACAUGUCGUGCCGCAGAAGCAGAAGGCGGAGAUUCUCACGGCGCCACAGCCACUAUGA